UGUCACUAAACGAAAGAAGAAGAAGAGCCAUCGCUGAAAGAGACUAAACGACUACCAAAUUACUGCGAAACGAUCAACUCUUAUAACAUUUCUUGUUGACAAAGCUUGAAUCCGGGAGUCGUGACAGGAUGGCGGCCGCUGCAGAGUCAAUGUGGGAUGAGCACCAGGCGUAUGAGGAGCUGCUGUACUGGGACAGUCUGAUACAACAGGGACAUCGGCUCCUACCGCACGACUUUGACAGAUAUGAGGACCUGCGUUACUGGUAUGACUGCCUGUGCUACGAGGAAGAGCUGAGACAAUACCACGACUACAUUGCUGCUAUUGAGGAGAUUGAAGAUACCCAGCAUUAUCAGGAAGCUGCUGCACCAAAGGUGCAUAUGGGGCCAUAUGAUCGCCAUGUGAUGGCCAAACACUCUGAAGUGUAUCCCUCACCUGAGGAGCUGGAAGCAGUGCAGACAAUCAUCUCCCAUGUAGAGAGUGCACUCAAGACUGUGUCUGACCAGAUGGAUACUCCAAAAGAAGUCAAAGAAAGUACAGUGACGGCGAGUGCAACUGGUGAUUCACAAGAUUGUGUCCUGCGUGGGGUUAUGAGGGUCGGUCUUGUGGCUAAAGGACUGCUGCUGAAGGGAGACACUGACUUGGAGCUGGUGCUGCUUUGUUCUGACAAGCCUACAGUCACUCUUCUUGAACAAGUGGCUGAAAAGUUAUCUGAACAGUUAGAGACAAUUUCAGCGGGGACAUAUACAAUAAGCCAGUGUCCAGGAGAUGCAACCAUUGUUCUGUCAAGCAACAAGGAGUCAGUCCUGACUCUCACUAUCCACCUGACAUCACCUCUUGUUAGGAAGGAACAGGACGGUACCGUGGAAGAAAAAGAAGAAACGCGAACAGUCAACGAUCCGCCGGACGUUCUGGACAGGCAGAAAUGCCUAACUGCCUUGGCGGCUCUCCGCCACGCCAAGUGGUUCCAGGCUAAAGUCAACAACCUGACUUCUGCUGUUGUUGUGAUCCGGAUCAUGAGAGACUUGUGUAACCGUGUUCCCACCUGGACGCCACUCUCAGGAUGGCCUCUUGAACUGCUGGUAGAGAAGGCUAUUGGUACAUCUGAGAGACCAAUGGGGGCAGGAGAGUCCUUGCGUAGGGUUUUGGAGUGUAUUGCAUCUGGAAUCCUCUUAGAAGACGGCCCUGGUAUUAAAGAUCCAUGUGAGAAGGACACCGUCGAUGCAGCUGCAUGUCUGACGGUGCAGCAGAAAGAAGACAUCACACAAAGCGCACAGUUUGCCUUGAGGCUGUGUGCAUUUGGACAGAUGCACAAGGUGUUGGGAAUGGACUAUAAACCUGUAAAGCCACGGAGAUCAGCAGCCUUCAGCAGCAAAGAUUUCACAGGUCAGAUACCACCAGCUGGACAGUUUCCAGAGAAGAGACCUUAUUCAGAGGUGGAAAAAGGAGACGAUGAGCCUCAACUAAACAGCAAACAGAGGAAGUCUCUCAAGUUCCAGAAGCGCUUUCAAAGAAAAUCAUUCACUGAUGACUUUAGUAUGAACGCUGUGAUGCGUCUGAACCAGUACAGGCCUGGCCUGGAGUACCGACUUACAUCUCAGACCGGUCCAGUCCACGAGCCAGUUUUCACAAUGGCUGUGGACUUAAAUGGGAAGACCUACGAGUCGACAGGGCCUUCUAAACGAGCAGCCAAGCUUAAUGUAGCCACCAAGGUCCUGCAGGAUCUCGGUCUUCCUACAGGCUCAGAAUCUAAACCGGAGCUCAGCACCAACUUUGAAGCAACCCAGGAAUCUGUUAAAGACUCUUCCGCGGCCUCUACUACAUCAGAAGACAGUGGCCAAGGUCCUAUAUUGACCAAAAAUGGCAAAAACCCUGUGAUGGAGCUGAAUGAGAAGCGCCGUAGCCUGAAGUACGAGCUGUCUGCUGAGACGGGAGGAUCUCAUGAGAAGUGUUUUGUCAUGGAGGUGGAGGUUGAUGGACAGAAGUUCAAAGGGAGAGGCUCUAAUAAGAAGGAGGCAAAGGCCUUUGCCGCCCUCGCUGCUUUGGAGAAGCUUUUCCCAGAAGACAACAGAGGGUUAACCCCCAUCAGAAAUCCCCCAAAGAAGAAGGUCACCUACACUGACAUGCAUAUUCCAGGGUUCGGCACUAUUCGUGGUAUUCCUUCAGACUCUGGGUCUCGUGGCUGGGGUCCCAACAGAGGUAGAGGCAGGGGUCGAGGCAAACUGUUUCCUCCAGGACCCAGCUAUAACAAGACAAACUACAGUUAUGAGAGCAGCACUGGCACAGGCUAUCAUAAACUGUAUGGUAAUAAUGGAGCCGGCACAGCAGCCAAAGGGGGUGGCUCCACUGGAUCAGGCUAUGGUACCUUUUACCCUGAGAACAACAUGUACUCCUCCCCACCUGACUCCGGCUCAGACCCAAACGUCACAAAGGGAGAAAGCUACCAAUCGAUGCCUCCUCCUGCUGAUCAGGAGAGCCCUUAUAGCUACGGAUAUGGAGAUGAGAAGAAGAAAAUGCUGACCCAAGGUCAGAAUGAGGGCCAGGGAGCAGACUACUCUAUGUACAGCACAGCUUACCCUAGCUCUGUGACAGGUGGACAGGUGUAUAAUAACUACGGCUGGGGAAACCAGUCAUCCUGGGGGAAUCAGCAGGAGCAAGGCAUGUACCAGGGCUCUGGAGGACAAAACCAGGGAUCAUAUUCAGGAUACAGCAACAUGAAUUAUUAAUCAUCACACUGACUAUCCUUUCUCGCCCAAUUCAGCCAUCUUUUUGACUCUGACUGUCCACUCUUGAUUGUGAUCCUGGAGUACCACUACUAAAAUGAAAAAGUGAAUUGUGUUGUCUGAAACUGGAAUGUGCUGGUUUUUUUUAUUUGUUUGCUCCUCUCUUAUUAAUUUAAACAGAAGAAGGUGAGAAGUUCAGGCUCAUCUUUUGGUUUAAACUACCUACUUGUUUUUUGUCUGCAGUAUCCACCAAACUGUCCAUGUAAACAUGGGUGUUCAAAAAAGAAAUGAUAUAUCAAUAUGUCUUGUUCCUGCAGUUUUCUCUUUGUAAUCUAGUGUACUGGUUCUGUUUUAUUAUGGUGUGACUUUGUUUUAAAGCUGCUUUUAGAUUUGAGCCUGAGAUUUAUUUCUGUCACUAAAGGUCUCAUCCUUGUAAAAUAAAGACCAUUACUUCUG